AUGCCCACCACCGCUGACCAGAAGCUCUCGGGGUGUGCGAGAGCACGUAUACAGUACACCAAAUACGGAUGCAGGAGGAAGAGCGACAGUCGACUGGUGCACCGGAACCUCUGUGAAACCAGCAAGAAGCCCAAACCCAUCCGGAAGAGGUGCAACGUGAACGAGUGCAGCCAGCCAACGUGGUUGGUGGAGGAGUGGAACCCGUGCAGUAAGACGUGUGGGAAGAUUGGCUACCAGUCCAGGGUUGUUCAGUGUAUGCAGGCCCUCCACAACGGCACCAACCGGACGGUCCACACUAAGUACUGUACAGAGGACAAGCCUGAGACCAGGAAGGUCUGUAACCCCUCUGCCUGCCCUGCGCAGUGGAGGACAGGGGCCUGGUCACAGUGUUCAGUAAGCUGUGGAGAGGGGAUUCAACAGAGACAGGUUGUGUGUAGAGCCACAGACAACACCAUCGGCCAGUGUGAGGGAGACAAGCCUGAAACUGUCCUCAUCUGUAAACUGAGCCCGUGUCCAG